AUAUGAAACAUGAAAUGAAUUAUAGUUCGUAUAGUUUUAUUCUCAACCUGUUUCUCAAAUGUGCUCCCAGCUUAGUACAAGUACCUCCUAAAUGGAACUUUCAAUUAUUUACAAAUUAAUCGUGAUUCUUAUUUAGUUGUUUAGGGAAUUAGAUUUCAAAAUUUUCUUCUUAAGGGAUGUAACUUUAUAUCAAAAGGUCAGGGGACAGAGUAAAGUUCAACAGCUAUAUUCUGACUGAAUGCCAUAGAAGAAAAUUUAGGUAAUAUGAUCUACGACUUUAUCAUUGACAAAGAUUGACGAAAAAAUAACCAAAGGGCUUUUGAUAGAAAUCUUUCGUUUAUUCAUAAUCCAGUGGGCGGAGUUUGUAUUGAAUGACACUUGUUCAACACGCAUAUCCGAUUGGACAAUUUUGUUGUGAUUGACAUACUUCGUGUCAACUUAUGUUGAAAAUAAUUCAUAUUUCUACCGACUAUAAACCAAAGAUUAAGCGAUAAAGUCAUCAAAUCUUGAUUGCGAUAUGACAUGCUUGGAAGGACUUGUUUAGAACAAAUUGAAGUUUUGACAUAAGCUAUUAAGGUGGUAUUUAAAAAAACAGAACCAAACCUCGCCUUGGGAUUUAAAAUUGAAAUAACCGAACAACAAUAUAUACAGAAUUUAAACACUUUAUGUUUUCGAUUUAAAUGCAUCUUAGUGUACCGAGCUGUUUGGACUUAAUUCUCAUGGAACAUUUUAAUAUAUAAGAGGAUUUUGUUUACGGCGUUUCAAAUAAACUGAAAAGAAUUAGAACUCAACUCAACGGAAAACUUCCACAACGAAUUAAAAGUGUAUGUAUGGAUUUUUCAUAACAAUUUUUCGGUGUAAUAAUAUUUUUUAUUUUCUUAAAUGAAUAUUAAUAUUCAAAUGUCAGCUGUAAACUGAUUGACUCGUGUAAUGAACAUGGAGAAAAACAGCGUCCUGAGGCCACCCAGUAGUUUUUGUGUAUUUCUAUGUGUACUAUUUAUAUUUUGGAUUAAUUUUGUGACAUCUAGUGGAAUUGACGAUGAACGAAAAUGUCAAGAAAUAACUAUUCCAAUGUGCAAAGGGAUCGGAUAUAAUCUAACUCACUUUCCGAAUCAGUUCAACCACGAAACACAAGAAGAAGCCGGAUUAGAGGUCCACCAGUUUUGGCCCCUGGUAGAGAUACAAUGUUCACCCGAUUUAAAGCUGUUUCUGUGUAGCAUGUAUGCCCCUCUAUGCAUCCCAAACUACAAGAAGCCGUUACCAGCAUGUCGGUCUGUAUGCGAGCGGGCGAAGGCAGGAUGUGCACCACUUAUGGCUCAGUACGGAUUCGCAUGGCCUGAAAGAAUGAACUGCGAUAAGCUCCCAGUAUAUGGUGAAAAAGAUCAACUUUGUAUGGAUGUUAACCAAACCGAUCGUUCGACUCCCCUCCCUCCGCGUACGCAGCAACCAUUCCGCCCGGGUCAAGGAGGAAAACGCCCCGGCUCUAAAGUGAAUCCAGGAAUAAAACAGAAUCUUAACAAAAAUACAGAAACUUCUGAUCCAGAAUUUCCAAAUUUUGGAAUAGAUCAUUUAAAUAUUCCUAGACUUCCAAAUCAAUGUAAAAAGAAAUGUGGAUGUAACAUGGUUCAAUUGGACGAUUCAAGUGAACUGUAUGGCAAAGUUAAAACAGGAGGGUUUCCGAACUGCGCUAUGAACUGUACGAGUCCGUACUUAACACCCGAUGAAGUUACGUUCACGACGUUCUGGAUUGGCUUAUGGUCCGUUUUAUGCUGCGUGUCAACUGCCAUGACGAUUCUAACCUUUUGUGUUGACAUGCAGCGCUUUAAAUAUCCCGAACGGCCGAUUAUAUUCCUCAGCGCUUGUUAUUUUAUGGUCAGCAUCGGCUAUAUUAUACGCAUGGCGGUAGGACAUUCUGCUGUUGCCUGUGACGGCAAAAUGAUUCGAUACGAAACCACUGGACCGGCAUUGUGUACUGUUGUGUUUCUACUGCUAUAUUUCUUUGGAAUGGCGUCAUCAAUAUGGUGGGUAAUUCUUUCUUUAACUUGGUUCUUGUCAGCGGGAUUAAAAUGGGGACAAGAAGCUAUUGCCAGCUACUCUCAAUAUUUUCAUCUUGCCGCCUGGCUCAUUCCAUCAAUAAAGUCGAUUGUCGUUCUUGCGAUGUCGUCUGUUGAUGGCGAUCCUGUCGCCGGAAUUUGUUACGUUGGUAACCAGAGUGUAGACAAUUUGAGGGCAUUUGUUCUAGCCCCUCUUUUCGUUUAUCUUAUUUUAGGGACUUCAUUCCUAUUGGCAGGAUUUGUUUCCUUGUUUCGAAUUAGGAGUGUAAUAAAAAGACAAGGACAGGGUAAAAUUGACAAAUUAGAACGCCUCAUGAUCAGGAUUGGCGUUUUUACCGUGUUAUACACUGUUCCCGCUACAAUUGUAAUUGCGUGCUACUUUUACGAACAACAUUUGAAAGACAAAUGGGAGAAAUCAUUAAACUGUUCGUGUCAAUUCGGUGAAUACUCACCAGACUAUUCAGUAUUCAUGUUAAAAUACUUUAUGUGCUUAGUUGUCGGAAUCACUUCCGGUUUCUGGAUAUGGACUGGAAAGACAGUGGAUUCGUGGAAGAAAUUCUUUGGAAAAUACUUUUGUUGUAAAAAAGCAGACGAUAGUUUUCAUUCAAGACAUACGAAACUGUCAAAUCAGUCGUAUCCUGGAGUUAAACCGCAUCCAUUAAGUCAGGUUUAAUUUCGUUAGCAUAUUUUAUUGAAAAUUAUAAUAGUUCUGAGAUAAAUUAUCUCCAAGACCUUACAUCAGCUGCAGUUUAAGAGCGCCAGUAUAUCGGGUGCUUCUUCUUUCAGAUAGAACUAACCCAUACAGAAAAUGUUCAGAAACUGAAACAAAUUUGUAGAGGACAGUUCUUGAGACCUUUUGGUAUUAGGCUGGAUCGUCAUGUGUUAUUAUUUACAUUGUACAUUAUUUUGUGAAUUUACGUUGCUAUUUAUUUUUAGACAAUUUUCAGGAGAAAGUUAAUUCGAUUUUUUACAUAUUACAAACUACUUUUUUAUACGAAAGUUUGCGUUUUUCUAAUUUCCCCUUUGUUUAUGUUUAAAUGAAAAAUAACCAAUAUUGAAUUCAAUGUUAUCCUUUUGUAAAUUAAUUACAAAACGGAUGUUUGCACGUCAUGUUUGCAAAAAGAUUUUAAGAGGUCAAAUAGACCACUAUUGGACUUUGGUUUGUUAAUUAAAUACUGGACUACAAACGUUGACUUUCAUUAUAAACAGUGACCAAAGAAUCUUUAAACAUUUCAUUCUGUCGAAAAAUUUGAUAUUUAUGGAGUUCUUAUUGAUUAUUUUUUUAAUUAUUGUUCAUAAUUAAUUCGUAUAUAAUACUCAAAACUUGAAGGUAAAUUUACAAAUACUCCAUUUUCACUGAUAAAAUACUUAGUGAAAUUAAUUUUACUUCAAUUAUGUGCAGAAAAAAAUAGAAAGCACAAAAGAUCAUGGAUGUUUGGUAAGGGAAAUUAAAUGGCCAAAGAUGAUUUUGCUAGGAAAACAUAAGUUAAGAUAACAUUACACAUGCACCUAUUUGUGAAUUAAACGGAUAAAGAAGUAUUCCAUUAAUUAACAUUAACUACUGUAAUGUUUGCUACUGAACAACAAAUCACUUUAGCCCAUGUAAUUUACUUCUAUGGUGCUGUUCAUUUAGCAUUUAGAAAUAUACAUACAUACAUUUAUAAGUAUUAUGGAUAUAACAUGUAAUAUAUAUUGGCAUGUUUUGUUUUGUAGUUUCAUUAACGUUUCAUAAAUUUACAUACAUUUUGUAAGUUAUUAGGAAGGAGGCUUACAGUAAUUUAUAAUGACAUUGUAUAAUUAUCUAGUUUCCUGGGAUUUAUUUUAUUUAUUAUUUAUUCUUUUUUUAUUGGGGGGGGGGGGGGGGGGGGGGGUAUAUAAGAAAUUUAGACAAAAUUUCGUUCAUUUGGUUUCGUGUUUUUAAAUAUUUGUGGUAAGAUCUGUUAUGUCAUCUUUUCAAAUAAUACAAUACAAUUUAAAAAAUGAAAGAAAACGAUUUAUGAACUCAGAAAAACUUUGACCCCAUCUGCACUGAGUGCACAUGUGUCAGUGAUGUAAAAUUCUAUCUCCUUUUUUAAUUGAUAGUUCUAAUUGUGAUCGAAAAUAUCAGAAAAUUACACAAAAAACCUUUUGUCCUCUUCAAAAUGAAUUAAACUUUAAAUAUUUACAUAACCAAAUGUAGGAGUUUUUUAGCUGAAAAGAUAUAUUUAAUCAAUUCACCGUGGCAUGGCGAGGCUAGUAUUAAAAUUGGAUAAAUUCACACAGAAUUAAUUAUUAGGAACCAGAGAAACUGACAUUUUUUUGUUGAGUUUUAUCGAUGGGCGAUUUAUGUUAGCAAAUGGAUUAUAUUGUUGGGUAUUGGAAAGUUUUUUGCACUGAAAUGCAUUUCGAUUUUUAUUCAGAAAGGCAGUGACUACAAUUUAACUAUGGGUCAAUGAGAUGAACAAAUCAAUGUGUAUGUCAGAAGAAUGUAUUUUUUUUUUUUAAAUAUACAGGUUUAUCAAAAUUACAUUAUAUACAUGUAUGUAACCUUAUUCAUUAAAAAGAUAAAAUCAGUUAAAUUAUGAGUGAAACCUCCAUAUAUUCAUACUGUAGUUUGCAAUUGUCAUAGCUGUUUGAAUGUUACACGUAAACCAUGGUAGAUUAUAUAUUCUAUAUUACUUUCAUGGUUAAAAUAAAAAGAAACUGUCAUGAAUGUGCAUGAACUAUUUGUCACUGAACGCUAAGAAAACAAAAUAUCUGUAUCUUACACCAAUAGAAGAGCAGUACCUUUAUUAUCCUGAACCUUUAAACUUUUUUGUUGAAAAAUAUUAAAUUAGAAUUAUUUUUUUUAAAUGAGUUUCUGUUAUUUAAUAGAGCGAACAAGGGAAAAUCCCAAACUCGGGGAAACAAUACCGAUUUUAUGCAUUUUUUUGUCAUUAGCUGUGUAAUUUAUACGUUCACACAUAUCAGAUAUAGGUUUUCCUAACAACGAUUUACAAACAAUGUGAUAGAAUAUACAAAGGUUUAUUUUUCUGGAAAUUUGUAUUUUUCAUGAAUCAUUGUUUAAUUCUUGAAGCAAAAACCAAAGAUUUCAUAAAGAAAAAAAUGUAUUUUUAAUCAUUACUUUUUGUUUAUUAACCCUAUUGUAAAUGGGAAGUUUGUAUGUGUAUUUAAAGGACAAAUACAUUUAUUUUCAAAAGUAGUACAUGUAGCAAGGAGCUUCUUUUAAAAGAGGGACAAUUUAACAUAAAUUAUCAUUAAAUUUUAUCAAAAUUUUCAGAACUUUUACACUUUUUUUUUCAAAGAGACUUUUACAUUUGUCUUUUAGUAGUUAUUCAGAGUGGGAUAAAUGUAUUUGUAUUGCAUGCAUGUAAAAUAUGACAUGUUUUAUUAUAUUUUCCAUAAAAUCAGAAGGAACUGUUUAUCUACGUUUUUUGUUGUUGAGCAGUGGUACUUAUAUAAUUACAUGUAUAUAUAAACUUUACCAAUACUAGAACAAAAAUAGUUAAACUGGGUUCUAUUUUGUGGUGAUAAUUUGUAUAUAAUAUUAUACACGUAAAGAAAGUGAUGUAUUUUCUGUUAUUUUCGUUGACAAUCAAAGAUUUUUGUUUGUUAUCCAAUGGUGCUACAAGAAAAAUAUUGCAUGUACAUUUCAUAUGCCAUAAUUGUUUAUGAAAUGUGAUCUUUUGUCUGAACUCAUUUAACCCUCCAAUGUAUCCUUGUUGAACUUAAACUGUUUUAAAUAGAAUUGACCUUUCCUUAUUCUCUGUUUGUUCCUUUAUACAAAUAAAUGUGAUUUUCGUGCUUAACUUUUAAAUUACAAUUAUUUAUUUGAUAAGUUAGAUAAACGUUUUUUUUUUAAGUAAACUCUGAUAUACUUUAUACAAAUCAUAUUAUAUUUUGCUUCUUAAUUUUGAGCGAAACCUCGGUCAGCUGAAAAAAUGGGGAUUGACAAUUAUAUAAGUUUUUUUUUAUUUAAGUUAGGAUGGAACUCUCCCUUUUCAAAACGGGCCCCAUAAAGAACAUUUUUACACCAUCUCUGGAUCCGGUCCUGCCUUUCCAGACCGAGCAUGAAUAUAAAUAGAAAUUUAUGUAUUUAUGAUCAAAGUUAAAGUUAUCGUAAGAGGUAUUAGAGAACCUAUAAGCAGAUUGUUAUUAUUUCUUUGUUUUAAUACAGCUUAAGAUUAAAACCGUGUAACUUUUAGCAGUUAUUAUGAUUUAUCAGAGUGGGAUAACAUGUAUUUAUAUUACAUGUACAGACAGGAAAACACUAAGUGAUUGAUAAUUGCAGACCUUUGAAGUGACCGGACACCAGCUUUCAUAAAAGUCAAAAACCUUUUUCUGGUCGGAUUUUUAUCAAACAUGUAUUUUUUCUCUCCGGAAAUUUUGUUUUUUCAAGAUUAUAAUGUAAAAAACAAAUUUUCUAGAUGAUUAAUCUUAUUACAAGCAACAUGAAAAACAUUUUUUUUUUCAUUUUUAAAGUUCUUUUUCCACUGUUGAUUGACAAUUGAAUCUAGAUUUUUGUACACAAAUCAAUAGGGGUUAGAUUUAACUCAAUUGGCAAUUAAUUCUUGGGAAUUUUUCAGACAAAAGAUCAUAUGAUAUUAUUAUGUAAAAUUAUUUUGUUUUGUAUAUAUUAUUGUUUUUUCGUGUAUACACUAUAGUUUUGUCAUGUAUACACAAUAGAUUUUGUGCAUGUUUUGUUUUGUGUACAAAAGACAGAAUCUAUAAUUUGCUUUUCUCCCGAGUUUAAGAAACGGGUCUGUAAAUGUUUAUUAUUUAUGUAUACUGACAGCAAAGUCAGAAUUAUGAGAAAAAUACAAAAAUCAAACCAUUA